AUGCCAAUCUCUAUCCUCCCACCUAGCGCACCGCUCCCACCACGGCGCGAUGCAAGAGACGACUCGGACGACUCGGACGUGGACAUGGAGGACGACGACCUCGUGACUUCCGACUCAAAGGCGAUAGUGACACCCGGUGAAGCCAUAACCUCGGACCCGCAAUGGAUGCGCGGCCACGGCACCUACGUUCCAUCCAUGCCUCCGUCUUCCACGACGAUAAUAUCCACCGUCGCCGGUAUCCUGCACAAAACAAACAAGCUGCUCUCGGUACAACCGCUGCGCGCCCGAUAUCAACCAGAAAUUGGCGACCUGGUCGUAGGACGCAUAGUGACAGUGGGAACAAAGAAGUGGAAUGUGGACAUCGCAGCACCAAUGCACGCAAACCUGCCUUUGUCUAGUAUAAAUCUGCCCGGUGGAGUGUUGCGACGAAGAACAACCGUAGAUGAACUGAAUAUCCGGACCUUCUUCCAAGAAGGCGAUCUGCUCGUCGCCGAGGUACAGAGUCUGCACCAGGACGGCACCGCCUCCCUCCACACGCGAUCGCUCAAAUACGGGAAACUGCGCAACGGUCUGUUCACCAGUCUGAGUGGCGCUGGAGGUGGCAUAUUGAGUCGCAAGGGUGGCGUUGUGAGGAGCAGACGGCAGGUCUUUACGCUGAACACGGCGGCCGGCGAGAUCGACAUUGUACUUGGCGUAAACGGUUACAUUUUCAUCAGCAAGCACAUCACAACAAAUGCUGACCCAAAGGAGAUGGGCAUCAACCGACUGGACGAGAGUGUGACUGAGACACUGUAUUCGAGCCAAAACGACGACAUCGAACCGCCAGUCAUGCGGGAGAUAACUAGGGUCAGUACCUUGAUCAGGGGGUUGGUAGCAUGUGGCGCCAAAGUGGAUGAGGAUACAAUUGUCAAGGUUUACGAGGGCGCAGUCGAGCUUGAAGCUGAGGAGCAGAGCCUUGGUGGUGUGGAGAGGGGAAUUGGUGCCAAUGGCGUUGUAGAAGCUGUGCUCGGACGAUUGGAGGUUGAGGCCGCCGGCUGA